CACAAGUGUUGAUCCCUUAAGCGGAUUUGCCCAGGAAAGAUCUCUGAGGCAGAGAGCAAAGAGGAAAGGUGCCUCAAGGAGUGAGGAGAUAAGGAAGGAGCAGGGGGUCAAGAGGAGGGAAAGAAGAAGGAGCUUCAGGGGGAGGAAGAUGCUGGAGGGAGGAAUGUAGAACGGGAACCAGGCAGGUAUUGAAAGUGGGGGGCAGGUGGGGUACUUGUUACUUCAGAGAAAGAUCCCUAGAAAUAUGGCAGGCAGCUAGGAGAGGCAAGCACCCAUGUGAAGGAGCACAUGGCUAAGUGUGGCAGCAACACAGAAUAGUGCGGCAACCAGCAAGAGACAGCGAAACAGAUGCAUGGCACCAGGGAGGAGAGUUUAGGCAUACCCAAGAGUGCAGUAGAGAACAUAUGUGAGGGUAGGAGCCAGAGAGACAGAUCAAGGUAGUGUGGAGAGGAGCUAGGCCUUACCAGAGAGACCUCAGAGACUGUCUGCAGGAGGAAGGGAUAGAGAAAGGGGCCCAGUUCUUCCCCGGCUCUCAACAUGUUCUUUUUUCUCCGGGAGACCCAACGGCAGAGCAGCGAGACACCGGCACUGAGAGCAUCUCGGGCUCUUUCGCAAAGCGGUUCUCACCGACGCUCCAAGAGUGCGCGGACCCGCAGGACAGGCAGUCAGGCCCGGGAAGGAGACAAGCGGCUCAUGGAGCCAGCCAGAUCCAGGAGCACCUCGGAGGCAACCACCGCUGCUGCCGCCUCUGUGGCCCUCUAUGGCACCCAACACCACCGACUGGAGGAUGAAGCAACCUUGAUCAGAACGGUCGAUCCCAAAGACCAGCUGUUGCCAGGGGUGAUGGGAAGGGCCAGCUCAGCUCACGUGGAAGAUGAAUGCCCAAGCCUCUGGGCGAUGGAGCCCAUCCUCACCUCUGUCUUUGGGCAGGACAGAGAGCUGCGACCAGAGGAGAUAGAAGAGCUAAAGGAGGCCUUCCGAGAGUUUGACAAGGACCAUGAUGGCUACAUCAGCUACAAAGACCUGGGGGAAUGUAUGAGAACCAUGGGCUACAUGCCCACUGAGAUGGAGCUCAUUGAAUUGUCUCAGCAGAUCACUGGAGGGAAGGUGGAUUUUGAUGACUUUGUGGAACUGAUGGGCCCCAAGAUGCUGGCAGAAACAGCAGACAUGAUUGGGGUGAAAGAACUGCGGGAUGCCUUCCGAGAGUUUGACACAAAUGGCGAUGGACAGAUCAGCAUAGCUGAGCUAAGGGAAGCCAUGCGCAAACUCUUGGGACAGCAGCUGAACUACCGUGAGGUGGAUGAGAUACUCAAAGAUGUUGAUCUGAAUGGGGAUGGCCUUGUGGACUUUGAAGAGUUUGUACGGAUGAUGUCUCGCUGAGAGCAGCCAGCAGCAGCAGCCCAAGGCUGAAGUGCCUUACGGAGAGGAGAGACUUCAAGCUGCCAUAUAUCCUGAUCUAAUCAUCAGGAGCAAUGGCAGCAUGUGAGAACUUCUUACACAUCCUGUGUACCCUGCUUGGAGCCAAACAGCCACUCCUAAAGUCCAGAGACUUGCAUCAGCUUCAGCACCUUCAAUGACAUCCUUGACUGGAUCUCAAGACUGAUACCCCAUCUACUGUUUUAGAGACAGCCAAGACCGCAAGCUCUCAGGCUCUGGAUGUCAUUGUACCUUGCCUUUACUCUGUUCUCUGUAACGCUGACCUUUCACCCCAAGCAUACCUUAAGAAGGAACAGUCAACCAACAAAUCUCCCUUAAAUAUUCUGCAUGCAAUGGUGUAACAAUAUUUGAAACGCUUCAUCGUCCUAUUCCAAGAGGGGCUGCUUUUCUUUCCUUUCCCCCUCUCUAAAUGGUGUUUGUUUUUAAAAGUACAUUGUUCUCCACUGUGGCAUGCUCACCCCCAUCUCUGACGUCCUUUCUAAGAACAGUGGAAUAAUGGCAAGGAGUUGGCUUGUGGUCCCAAACAGGGAUUGUUCUGGAAACUGGAUGGGCUGGCGCUCACUGCCUGCUAUUAAGCCAACCUUUGUGACUUAAAGGGAUCUAUGGUGCAUGAAUAUUCAUUAGGUUUACUGGAAGUGGCAGCUGUGUGAUCCAGAGGUGUUCGGCCCUCAAAAGAUCUGGGAAUCUGACAUGCAAA